UUGAAAAGAAGAUAAGCGGUUAUAAGGUUAUAGGCCCAUGUUUGUACCUAAAAACCGCAGGAACAACGGAACAUUAAAUCCAAAUGACGUUGUGAUCCCGAUUGGCUUUUGGUCCGGACCAGGAGUGUCAAACACACUUUAAUCUCAAGUGGGCCCGGCCAGGGAGGUCGUCCGGCAGGCAGACCAUUGCAUAACGGGUCGAUUUGGUCGCUGUGUGGUUAAACUGCAUGAACCUCGAUAUCCAAACAUUGUGUGCAGAGUUCAACAAAUUUGGUAACAGAUGUUUGCUGGUAUGAUGCCUACCUGCAGGCAAUAUUUUAUUAAGGAUGCAGUCAUCAGACUUCUUUUAGUAGCCAAAAGUAUUUUUUCUCGCCCCAAAAGUAGUUCAUUUUGAAUAAAUGUACAUUUAAAAUACUGGAAUCAGCCCAUGAAAUACCCUCAAUGAGCGAUUCAUCAAAUAAAAAUACUCUGCCACGCGUUCAGUGUUAAUUUUCAGAAAGUUCGAUAUUAUUAUUAAUAAGUAAUGCAUUUAAAUUUCAUUUUGUAGCUAAUUAUCGCAUCCAGUGAAAACACCAGCACAGAGUGCUCCUCACGUGAGUGGAUUUUAUAGCUCCAGGGUGAUGAUUUUGUGUCGCUUCAAAGUUUAAACAAACCUUCCUUUGUCGGACAGAAAUCUGUAUCUUCCAGUGACUCGGCUUCUGCUGCCAGGCAUCACGUGACGAGGGGGAGGGGCCACCAACCAGGAAACGCACCGCCGUCGCAAGUCACCAGAAGCUCUCCGUCAUGGCCUACCAGGCUGGGAUGCCCGAUAAGCCCAGCGCUCUGGUUCAGAACAUAACCUCCAACAUCCAGAAGCUUACCCUGCUGACCUCGGAGCUGCAGCGGGUCGUCUCUCUGCUGGGGACGGAGCACGACAGCAGCCAGCUGCCGCAGACGCUGCAACAGAAACAGCAGCAGGGCAACCAGCUGGCGAAGGAGACGGACAGACUGAUCAAAGCAUUCAGUGGGCUUCCUGUUGGCCCUGAUCAGCGGCAGAGAAAGAUCCAGAAAGAGCGGCUGGUCAACGACUUCUCCGCCGCCCUGAACAGCUUCCAGAAGACGCAGCGGCAGGCGGCCGACAAGGAGCGGGAGUUUGUGGCCCGAGUCCGAGCCAGCUCCCGGGUGUCGGGCGGACAGCCCGAUGACAGCUUUGGAAAUGUCCCUGCUGUCUUUAGUGAAGCGCAGGUGCAGGCCCAGGCCGAGGCCAUCACCGAGGAAGAUCUGAGGCUGAUCCAGGAGAGGGAGAUGUCCAUCAGGCAGCUGGAGUCGGACAUCACAGACGUCAAUGACAUCUUCAAGGACCUGGGGAUGAUGGUCCACGAGCAGGGGGACAUGAUCGACAGUAUAGAAGCCAACGUGGAGAGCGCCGACGUGAACGUCCAGAACGCGACCCAGCAGCUGUCCCGCGCCGCGGACUACCAGCGGAGCUCCCGGAAGAAGAUGUGCAUCCUGGUGAUCGUGUUGCUUGUAGUUGCUCUUAUUAUUGGACUCAUCAUCUGGGCUUCCGUCAAAAAUUGAAGGCUCCUUCUCCUUCUUCUCCUCCCUGUCCUGGUUAGUCACCAACCCGGACAAAGCAUGAAGCAUCGUCCCUCUCUUCCUUUUCCUCCUUUUUCUCGCUCAUCUCACCAGGGGAGUCACCUGGGCCGUCUGUUUUUCUCCUAUUUAAAUUAUAACAGUCUUUCGGACGUGAUCGUAAUCUGGAGACGUAGCCGUCUUUGUUGACGGGAUUGCACACUGUGAAAUCAGAAACCCGGGUUUGAGGGCUUUAUUCUUAGAACCGGCUUUGAUUGGGUUAUUUCUGUCUGAUUCUGGCACUAUUUACUACACGGGAAAGCUUAGAUGUUUUAGUCCUCACCUGAUUCUCCGAGGGAGGUGCGAACACAGGUGCAGCAUUGUUCUGUGUGUAACCUUUAAGAUUUCUUAAUCAAGUCACAUAUGAAAAACGGCAUUCGGCUUAUUGCGAUUUUCAUCUAAUUGAAAAUGUAACGUUCGUUUCUUUAAAUUGAUGUCCUGCACUUCUGUUACAAUGAUAAAUGUGAUCAAUGUGCCAUAUAUACCCAUGAUAAAUCCUCUGCAUAGGACCACGUGAUAUACACUCCAACGCCAGCAGUCAUUCCAAAUCAUUAGAGGAAGAUUUUGUCCUGUGUUUCCUCCUGUUUUUAAUAGAGGAGAGACUGAAAAGACGUCACCUUUUUAUCGAAAUGACUCGCAUGUCCCGACGUCACAAAUGAUCACACACACACAGAAUGUAGGUGCCGCAUGCGAUGCCUCGACGUGGCGGCGCACGCCGCGCGGGUUCCUCCAGCGGCCUGUCUGACGGGUUAAAGGUCGAUUGUUCGCGGCCCGGCGGAGCGGUCCAGUCAGCCGCGUUGGGCGGGAACACACGCGUGUGCGGGGACUUUACCGAUAUAAAAAGUGCUUUGUGUGACCGACGACCGACAGUUACCGUCUUCCUCUCUUAAUUCUUUGUAUGAAGGAACCAUCAAUGUAACUGGAAGUAAAGUGAGACCAAACAGGAAUUAUUAUUUGCUGCAACCGAUAGACCUUCAUGUAGAACUGUGAUCACGUGUAUAUUUUAGAUACUGAGAUUACGCUGCCUGCAGUUUGCUGAAUAAAUUGUGAGAAGAUUCA